AUGACCCUCCACACCCUCGACGUACCCGACGAGGUUCCGCAAGUCGCCAUGGGCGCCUUAUGGAGUGACAACAUAGACCGCCUUUUUCUGUUCGGCGGCCAGUACUUCAACUCCUCCGCCGGUGCUCCAUCAACCGUAGAAACAGUAUGGUCAUGCAUUGAAAGCACUCAAUCGUGGGAGAACGUCGUCCAGAAUUCUCCGCCCUUGCGUCUGGCAUGCGGCGCGAGCGUGAGCGUUCCAGAGACGAGAAAAACAUACUGGAUGGGCGGCUGGGCCGACAACUCCACCACUUACGAGAUGCGCAACCGAACCUACCAACAACAACUCAUCGAGUUCGACAUGGAAACUUACAACUUCUCCUACUACGAUGCUCCAGGCGGGUUCGGAAAUCAAAGGACCAGUGGCGGCCUAGUCUACCUCCCAUACGGGAAGAAGGGAGUGUUGAUCGCCAUGGGCGGAUCUCUUUGUACGAGCGAGGACUGCCAUCCGGUCCCCGGCUACCACCCACUCAGUCAGGUCACGGUCUUCGAUCUGGCCUCUGAGAGAAUCUACUCGCAGGAGACAACUACGGGAAAAGGAGAUCCCACGACAAAAGGGUGGUGGUGGCCUGAAGGACGUGCAGACUUUUGUAUCGUGACUGUGCCAUCGUAUGAUGAGACAGUGCAUGCCAUCUACGUAUGGGGAGGCAUGGUUGGUCCGGAUGGAAACGGCAGUGACAAUCUCUGGGUGCUGUCGAUACCGCAGUUUGUCUGGGUGGAAUUCUACAACGGACCACUAGGACGGUUCGGAGCCACCUGCCAGGUCGCACAUGAACGGUUCAUGAUGUCCAGCGGCGGCGAGCGGCAAUUCGGGUCGAACUUUGGCUGUAGUGGACCUGACCACUGUAGCGAACGGAUGGUGGGAUGGGUGGGUAGAACAUUGGCAGUAUUUGAGUGGUAG